AUGUCGAAGUACCAGCUCCUCUUUGGUAAGUCCGGUCCCCCCUCCCUGAUCCAGCAAGGAGUGGUUAUCAAGACUCUAGUAGACAACGACGACGAGCCGGCGUCGCGUACCCCCAAGGCCAUGUCGCCCCACGAGAUCGCCCAGACCACCGGAGUCUCUCCUGCUCAACUCCUGAUUUCGGCCCCAGGCGGCGAGGCAACUGGCGCGACCCAACCUGCCACCCGGGUAUCGUUGGAUCCGGCUCUAGGCAUCAUAACGUCAACCCCUGGGUUCCCGAUCCACGAGCCGUACCCAUCGCAGAUCCUAAACAUCUCGUCGAUUAUCGCUCCCCCGAGCGUCGCAAGCUCCGCUUCCUCCGACGAGAAGCUGGCUUCACCCCAGUAUCCGCUGCCAAGCCAAGGAACUCCGAGCCAUGGACACCAGUACAACUUCGCCGGCUACCUUGGCGACCACCCGCACGGCCUUGCUCCGUCUGCUGCCUUCGCGAUCCCGGACCCUACGGGAACAGCGAUGGGCAGCGGACCCCAAGGAGUAGCGGGAGGAGCCGCCCCUGUCCCACAGGCCAGCACGGCCGUCGAUGGGUUCCCGGUCAUGAACAUGUACUCGGCGCCAAACCACGCCUGGGCCGGCAACCACAACUUGAACCAGCCGAUCGCCCCGUGGCCGCUGCAGGGCUUGGUUACCGGCAGCGCGGGCCCCCUCGCUUACCCAGCGUACGCUCCUGUGUUCCCGGGCGCCGCCCAAGCCCAACAAGUUCCUGCUGCUGCGGCUGCGCCGGCGCCGGCGCCGGCGCCGGCGGCCCAAGCUGCCCGGACGCCUCUGCCGCCCCCGCCGCCGCGCGAGGCCCCUAUGAGCCGCCAGGUGCACUCCAUCAUCGCGGCCCACAACGAGGGCGUCCCGAGCGCGGCGGCGGCGGCGGCGGCGGCGGGGCCGCGCCCGUCGUUCCCGGACCCGCCGGCCAACAUGGGCGACCACGCGGAGCGGCUGCGGUACGCGCAGCUGUGCUUCGCGGCCGUGGGCGCCAAGGACUUCGGCUUCCUCGAGCCGCACGUGCUGCGGUCCAUCAGCGCGCGCGAGAUCCUCAUGGCGCCCAACCCGGCCGAGCUGCAGGAGCUGAACCGGCAGUUCGCGACGCUGCGCAGCCGCCGCUGCAAGUCCAACAACAACAAGGCGGCCAAGCGCGGCCGCGAGCGCAAGGCCCGCACGCUCGUCGACCAGGAGGCCCAGAUCCGGAUGCUGCGCCACGAGCGCAACCUGUGGCGCAAGUCGUGCGCCGAGCGGGCCGGCGAGGAGGUCAUCGAGCGCCUCCGGGCCCAUGUCAAGGCGGAGAUGGACAGGUACAGGGACGAGCACGGUGUUGCCGAUGCCUAG